AUGGCUGAGGGGCGCAGGCACGAAACCGCAUCACCACACCUCCCCCGACCUCAUCUCGGCCAUAAAAUACUGCCCGCCAAUUACGCGUACAAACCGUCCGUCUUCAUCCGCCUCAGAUCAGAAUGUCCAUUACUUGCUCGUUUUCAGCCGCAAACCGCUUCCCUUUACUUCAUUCCUCCCUCCCAGUCGGCUCCCCAGCCCAUCCCCCCCCUUCGCCACACACACACACACACACACAGACACACACUCCACCUACUCGCCGCUCUUCUAAGCCUCUUUUGUUCGAUUUCUGUCAGCUCGUCCUCCAGCGUGUGUAUUGCCGACGAAAGAGUGGCAAUAUUGCUCGAGCCGGAGGGCAGAAGAGUGCCUGGGCUGUUGGGGCAAUUAGUGAGCAUCAAAAGCACAGGCAUCCAACGCAUCGCCAUGACUACAAUCUUGCCGGCAUAA